AUGACAUUAGCCAGUACACCGCACUGUGGGCCAGGUGGAAGUGGUGGUGGUGGUGGUGGUGGUGGUGGUGGUGGUGGUGGUGGUGGUGCUGGUGGUGGUGGUGGUGGUGGUGGUGGUGGUGCUGGCGGUGGUCCACCACCUCCCCGACUCCAGCGAUGAGGAUCAGGACUACACCUGCCCUCACUGCGAUUGCACCUUCACCUCACACAUCGGCCUGGUCGGUCACUUGCGAAUCCAUCGCACAGAGACUGGCGAACCAGCGCCUGGAGCACCAACCUACACCCACCGCACUCGCCUUCACUGCCCACACUGCCCUCGUACUUUCACGCAUCGCAUGGGCGUAUUCAGCCACAUGCGCAUCCACGAGAGCGGAAUUGACCGCAACUCCGACACACCCACGACACCCAGCACAUCCACCACGCCCACUCCCACCCUCGCUCCAUCGCCCUGCGCGCCCACCACCACCACCACCAUCAGCGCCUCCUCCGUAGUUGACACUGACACCGCCGACUUCAUCUGCACACCCUGUUCACGCACACUGUUCACGCAUCGGCCUGGUCGGUCACUUGCGAAUCCAUCGCACAGAGCCUGGCGAACUAGUGCCUGGAACACCAAACUAUACCCACCACGCUCGACUCAACUGCCCACACUGCCCUCGCACUUUCACGCAUCGCAUGGGCCUAUUCGGCCACAUGCGCAUCCACGGGAGCGGCAUUGACCGCACUCCCGACACACCCACCACAUCCAACACAUCCACCGUGCACACCCCCACCCUCGCUCCAUCCGUCCGCACCACCACCAAAGCCUCCUCUGUCGCUGACACUGACACCGCCGACCUCAUCUGCCCACACUGUUCACGCACAUUCACCUCACGCAUCGGCCUGGUCGGUCACUUGCGAAUCCAUCGCACACAGAAUGUCGAACCAGUGCCUGGAGCACCAACCUAUACCCACCAAGCUCGUCUCAACUGCCCACACUGCCCUCGCACUUUCAGGCAUCGCAUGGGCCUAUUCGGCCACAUACGAAUCCACGACGACCUGCGGUAGACAACCGCCGGUUACACCGCACAUCCACGCACUCCCUACCUUCCUCCACCAUCACCACCACACAACAACACGCACACAUCGCAAGCACCCAACUGCCACCUCCCACGCAAGUGGGAAGUGUGCAUCUCGACUCGGUCCCCAUGCGGCUUCGGCUGCACGGGUGACUUGAGUCCGAGACUAUCCCGACACGCCAAGCGUCGUGGAUAGGAAGGCUGUUGACUGACGCCCGCACUCGGUCCACGCAGUUCGUCGCGUUGUGUGUGUGUUGUGUGGAGUGGCGGACUGGUGGGCUGGGGACGGGCUGAAGCAGCACCUUCCACGGCCCUCUCACGCAAGUGAGAGACACGCCGUUCAACCCCCGUUGUGUGAAAUCCUGGUGUUUGUGUGUAUGGGGAGCCAGGUCGUUCGUCGGCGCGCGCAGUCAUGGUCAAUCGACCAUGACAGCCACCGCGCCCAUUCCCCACUCCAGUCUGCUGACCGGCUCGGACAGUGGCUGGGGUGUGGGGAUGGGAAGGGAGAGUGAGGUCGACGACUCAGCGCAUUUUCCUCACUAUAAACAAUCUGACGCGCUUGAAGCUAUCACGGUGCGCUAAAAGCCGUGGCUUGGAAUGUUGCCAACUGACGGGGUACCUUGGACCUCCUCCUUGACUGGAGGCGGUCUGAGAGUCAGGCUGCAAUGGCUCCUUUUUAAUGUGGCCUUUAUGGCACUCCUACCACAGUGUGGGAUCCGAGCCAGGCGUUGGCGGUACGCCUAGGUGCGGCUUCGGCCGUGCCAGCCUCCAAAUCUCUGUUGUGUUGGUUGAAAUCCUGGUUAUUUGUUGUGUGGACCAGGGGGUGUGGUGGAACGCCAAGGUGAGGAUCCGUCCGAGCCAUCAACCUGCGGCCUCCCUCGUCUCCGGUCUUAUUGACUCUGUCUUGACACCGGGCUUUGGCGAGGGAGGAGGAGAGAGUGUAGGUAGAUGCUACGCAAGUCUACCGGCACUAUAAACCCCUGCGUAUGUCACCGUCCCUGCUCCCAUUGCUGCAGUAACUGUGGGGCACACGGUGGACAUCAUCGAAAUCGAUGGUCGAACUGUCGGUGGUGGUGGUGGUGGUGGUGGUGGUGGUGGUGGUGGUGGUGGUGGUGGUGGUGGUGGUGGCGGCGGCGGCGGCGGCGGCGGCGGCGGCGGCGGCGGCGGCGGCGGCGGCGGCGGCGGCGGCGGCGGCUGUCAUUGUUGUGUAUGGAACAGGGAAGACUGGUUAUAGGCGAGACGUGCAUUUAAGCAUUUGAGACAGCACAAGUGGAGAGACUCAGGAGACACGAUGCGGUAUAUCGCAUGAGGAAUAUAUCAUGCGUCAAAGGGUAGCCAAUCAGGAGAUAGGAAUUCUGAACAAGCUUCCGUGGCAUUGCCCGUUCGCUUUUCACGCGCAUGUGACGUGAGUCUAGACGGUACGGGCAGCCUACAGUAUAAUGGUAGGUGUUGGUGAUGGUGGGGUGCAGGGCGUCCAGUUGUGGGUCCCCGUGACGGACGUAGUAGUUCGCUCACUUGCUUGCAGGUGUAGGCUACGCCUAGCGCCCAUUUACUGACAUCCAACUCCCAUAUGUGGCUUUCCUAAGCUAGACUAUGCCUACGGGCCCCAACACCGUAAUCGCUUCGCCCGGCGGGGUAAACCAAUUGAGGAUAUCCGUGUAUGCAUCUCCACACACUGUAACUCGGCUCCAACCCCACCAUCGCUGGCCGGACGGAUCACCGCAUCGCCACCUUCAAGAUUAAAUUCCGUCUGCAACCACACUGUAGGCCAGAAGUUAAGUGCCCCUCCCCCCACAGGCAAGCCGAAUACUGCUCCGUUAUCUUUGCUUUUUGCUUGUUCUUUCCUGUGUGCCUUUAUUUGCUUGAUUGUUUUUAUCGAUGUUGUAAACUAAAUACCGUUCUGUUGAAUACCGUACUGUUAAAUUUUUCUGCCCACCGUUUAUAUUUAAGCAACCACUUAUCUUAAAAAGGGGCAGGAAAGCUCUGCAUCGCGUCUCUCUACCCUUGCCACUCUACCUUCAAGCCCUACGGCGUGAGUGCCAGCGAUCUCCUAGGCGGCCCAGACUAACUCGAGUCGUUCUCCCACUAAACCAAAUUCGUGGCCUAUAGUGGAAUUCGGCAGCCGUCUGGGAUGACUUAGCAACCUUAUUUAGAGAGAGCACUGCUCACCCCGCGAGAGGAGGCAGCUGGAAAAGGUGCCCUAAACAGACACUGGGAUUCACGUCGUCUGCAGGCUGACCAUGUGCCGCAGACGCAAAACAUACGGUCGAAACAGCCAGACAAGAAACAGCUCUCUCUCUUCCUCUUCUUCCUCCUCCUCCUCCUCCUCCUCCUCCUUCUCCCCCCCCCUCCCCUCCGUCCCACCCCACAGGCUGGUAGGGUGAGCCCGAUCACUCUGAAAACCCGGAAUGUUCGUUCCGUUUAGACAAUCCGAGGAUCGAACAACCAGAACGGAGGACGGUGCUAGUUGCUCGGGAAUCGGCGCGCUACAAGGUGAACAUUGCCGCACCCAGCGAGACCCACCUACCCGAACAAGACCAACUGGAAGUGGUGGGUGCCGGCUACAUCUUCUUCUGGAGUGGUCGCCCCAAGGCAGAACGACGGGGUGCGGGCGUCUCCUUUGUUAUCCGGAACGACAUCGUGGGACGACUGCCCUGUCUGCCGCAGGGCAUCAACGAUCGUCUGAUGAGCCUCCGCCUGCCUCUCCGGGAGGCUAAUUCGCCACCAUCGUCAGUGUCCACGCUCCCCGAUGAGCAGCCUUGA